ACAACCUGGACCUAGACCUUAUCACCGAGUACAUGCAGAGACACAAGGAGACGGAGGAGAAGAAGAAGAAGGAGGGCAAGAGGAAAGAUGUCAGGGAGGAGGAGAAACGGAGAGGAAGAGGAGUCAGACGUCACCGCUGUCAGCACUGUGACAAAUCCUUCCCAUCAGGAUAUUUAAAGAUUCAUCUGAGAGCUCACACUGGAGAGAAACCGUACAGCUGUGAUCAAUGUGGGGUGGCUUUCACAGCACAGGGUUCCCUAAAAACACAUCAACGCAUUCACACUGGAGAGAAACCUUACAGCUGUGAACAAUGUGGGGCAGCUUUCACAGUACAGGGUUCCCUAAAAAAACAUCAACAAUUCACACUGUAG